CGGGAGUUGCCAUUGUGUAUUGUUGACGAUGUGUGGCUCUUUGUUUUCCUAUAUCUUUGUUUUUUUCUUUCUCCUUCCAGGGCACAAGAGAGGCCAAGCCGGAAGUACAAUCACAUGGGGGAAAGGAUUUAAUCGACUGAGUUUCUGGUCCGUUGUUAUUUUCCUCUCUACCCUGAAAACGUGGUCCCAACUGUUUAGUUCCGCCUUGCAGUUGAUUCUCAAGAUUGUAGUUGCCGGCUUUAAUUUGGAGGUGAAGAGCGAUGCUUUAGUCCUUGGACGGGAAGGGAAGUCUUCAGGGCUAAGGAACAGACAUCAUUUGCUGGGCAGAAUUGCAUUCUCCUUUGCCACCAAUGGGAGAUAUGGCAUCUGAGGAAACCAGACCCCUUUUGAGUACUGAGGUGGAGACAGAACUGCCUGCUCAAAGACCCUCUCCACUGGAGAUCUAUCUGAGCAAGGUCCAAAAUCAGAAUCUCUUCCUGGCUACGUUUGCUGCUGUGCUGGGACCGCUAAGCUUUGGAUUUGUCCUUGGCUACAGUUCGCCGGCUAUUCCGAGCCUAAAGAAAGCUAGCAACCCGGAAUUAAGGUUGGAAGACAUUCAAGCAUCUUGGUUUGGGUCUGUCGUAACGCUGGGCGCUGCAGCAGGCGGGAUUCUGGGGGGAUAUGUCGUGGAUAAAUUUGGCCGGAAGCUUACCUUGAUGCUGUGUGCCAUCCCAUUCGUUUUUGGCUUCACAAUCAUAAUCUCAGCUCAGAAUGUCUGGAUGCUUUAUGUCGGCCGGCUAUUGAACGGCUUGGCGAGUGGGAUAACAUCCUUGGUGGUCCCGGUAUAUAUUUCUGAAAUAGCCCACUCCAAAGUUCGAGGGAUGCUUGGAUCGUGCGUUCAGCUGAUGGUGGUGACUGGAAUCUUGGGAGCUUAUAUAGCAGGCACAGGGCUGGACUGGCGCUGGCUGGCCGUACUGUGUUCCGUCCCACCGUGUUUUAUGCUGGUACUUGUGGCUUUCAUGCCCGAAACGCCUCGCUUCCUGCUGAGCCGGAAUCAGCGGCCAGAGGCCAUUGCUGCUCUGGAGUUCCUGCGGGGGCCCCUGGUGGACCAUGAGUGGGAAUGCAGAGAGAUUGAAGUAAACGCCGAAGGACAGGAGGAGCUGAGUCUGGCCGAGUUUAAGAAUCCAGCCAUUUACAAGCCAUUCUUCAUUGGGAUUGCCAUGAUGUUCUUCCAGCAAGUGUCGGGGAUCAAUGCCAUCAUGUUUUAUGCGGAAACCAUCUUUGAAGAAGCCAAAUUCAAGGAGAGUGGUGCUGCUUCCAUCAUUGUGGGAUCCAUCCAAGUCUUUUUCACUGCUGUGGCUGCUCUUAUUAUUGAUAGAAAAGGUCGAAAAGUCCUUCUGGUCGUAUCAGGGUUCAUUAUGGCUAUCAGUGCUGCCAUCUUCGCGAUCUAUUGCAAAAUGGCUCUCCCAGUCCCCAUCAACUCCUCCCAUGCCAACCCACCAAGCUCCAUUCUGAGUGCUGCUGUUGUGGAAGAAGAUCAUCACCUUGCGUGGUUGGCGGUAUUGAGCCUGGGCCUCUUCGUCAUGGGCUUUGCCUUGGGCUGGGGCCCGAUCCCAUGGCUGUUGAUGUCUGAAAUAUUCCCCCUCCGAGCUCGAGGCGUAGCCAGUGGUGCCUGUGUCUUAACAAAUUGGCUCAUGGCUUUUCUGAUCACCAAGGAGUUCCAUGACCUCAUGGUCUUCCUGACGCCUCAUGGUACUUUCUGGUUGUUUUGUGCCAUGUGUUUCUCCAACGUGCUUUUUACCAUACUCUUCGUUCCUGAAACCAGAGGGAAAAGCCUAGAAGAGAUAGAGGCCUACUUCCAAAGAUCACAUUAGCUGUUUGCAAUCUUAGUGGGAGAACUUUUCCCCUUGGUCUUGGACUUAAGGUGUGGGUGGUGGUGGCUGGUGGGACCCAACCCUUCUUCAGAGAUUUGCACGAAUGUAAAGUCUUCACCGGGUUCAACUGGGUCCAGAGAACUGUCUGGGGUGUAGAAUGUGUGGGCAAGAUGAAAGGCAGGUUCAUUUUGUGUGGGGCAAUGACCUACCACUUUUCAGUAUUACAGCACCACAUACAGUAUUACAGAACGGCAGGCAUUGUUCAGUUUUCUGACAUCUAGAACAAGGUGAUUAAGAAUUGGUUUUGAACAAAACAUUGCUUUUCUCUGUUCGUUGGCCAUGUUCUGUGUGGCCAGCCUUUUCUUCUGCUGAGGACUGUAUUCCUCGGGGGCGGGGGGGCUGAUGGGAGGGUCAUCCUGGUAGUAGGUGGGGCUAGAGCCAAAAGUGGGUGCCCUCUCCCCUGGGCUCAACCCCUUCCUCUUUCUGCCAUCACUACCCCUCUCUACUGUCACUUCCUUUGUCUCUGUGUUUCGAAAGCUCUCACGAACUACCUUCUAAUUCUGUGUAAUCUGGGCCUACUCUAUAGGUGUAGAAGGGUGAGGCAGAGUCCUGAAAAGGCACAUUGAGCAUUGCACACAGCACGCACAAAAAACCUAGCAAAAGAGGGAAACAGGGUCUGACUUAGCCAACGUCACCAGACUAUUUUGCACCCCCAAUGUUUCUCACACAAACAUUUUAAAAUGAGAUGCAUCCAUGCUGUCUGAAGUGGUAUGCUACCAGUUCUUUCCAUGGUAUGUGUAGAUUUUAAUGCAGAGGGGUUUAAAGCUGCCAAAGGUUUGUUCUGAUUUGCACACGAAAGGUCAAACUUGGGCAAUCACGUGGGAUGAUUUUUUUUAAUGAAUGGGUUCAGCAUACUGCUGCCCACUAUUCCCCCCCCCCCCCGGGUUCUUGAGUUCUGUUCAGGAGGUUAGUAGUGCUGUAGCUGGGAAAUGAUAAAUCUCAUUCCCAUUAUUGCAUUUCUUGUCAAUCUCUGCCCCAAGGCGACUCCAUCUAAAACAUGUCAUGGGGUGGAUAGGGAUUGGACCCAGUUCUGCUAGUAAGGUUCCAAAGUCUUCGUUUCCAGACUUCUAAUCUUGUUUUGUGGAAUAAAGUUUCAAGGAAUAUGGUGCUAUGUGGAAUAAACCAAUAUAUUGAAUUCCA